UCAAGCUUCAAAAUGCUUUUUUUAUUUUUUAUCUACGAUGAUUUUUCACCGAGUUACAGUCAUUUGAAAAUAGCCUAAUUUUUGGUGUCUGGAAAGUGUUCCCUAUUUUUUUUUGAGUAGUGUAUAUAGAAUGGUAGUAUGGUAUCUAGAAAUAUAAGGAAUAGUAAUAGAAUGUAAAUUGCAAUAAAUUUGUAAAAUAGAUAAAAAACGGAAGAAGUAAGAUCUGGACGAUAUCGAUCGUGUAUAAUAAGACUUCUCACUUAAGCCCCAGUAAGAUAUUCGUGUUGCGAAAGCAAUAUGUGCUAUAUGUGGCCGAGCAUUGUCAUGGGUAAGAUGACUUUUACAAAAAAGUAUUUUAUGUCUACUUUGCAUAUCUGUAUUAUAAAUAUUAAAAGUUAUGACAUUUAUUUUAAUUAUUUUAUUACAACAUAGUAUUGCAAUGUACAUGUGUUGAGAAGAAAACACGUGUACAUAACAACGCUUGCAUUUUAGUUACUAUUUAGAUUAUUUUGUAAUUAAAACGCUUAAUUAGUUCGAUAAAUGAUGACUACAUUGUUACAUAUAUAUACAAUUAUUGUUUAUAUAUCUUCACCGAUUCUGUAGCCGUAAUUAAUGAUUAAAAGUCAUUAUGGCAAAAAGUUAAAAUUUGGUAAUUAAUAUUAUAUUUUAUAUAUUAUACACACAUAUAUAUAUAUAUAUUAGUUAAUAGUACUAAAACAUUCUAAAAUAUUUAGACAAGAUUUCGUAAAAUUUUAUACCUGUUGUAUUCUUUUAUUUCAGUAUAAUAUUUAAGAUUUUUUCUAAACGAUAAUUUUGAUUUUUAUUUCAAUUUCUUUUAUCUCUAUAUAAAUGGUCGUGAAUAUUUCAUAGUAUUGAUACGGCGUAGUAUUGAUGACAUAAAUACAACAUUUAAGAUACAUUUUAUAUUAUAUCUUAAAACAAUUAUGUACAUAAUCACUAUAUUACAUAAACAUUUAUGCUUAUCGGCUUGCAUAAGCUUGAAUAUUCUAAGAAAAUGUGUAUGUCAAAUAAUAAAUAGCUGACUUAAAAAUCUGUAUUAUAUUUAAAAUAAGAAGUCACAUUGGAGAUGUCACGAUUUUCAUAACUAUUAUAUUUGCAAUUAUAGUAUGACAGUCUUUUUUUAUUACGCAAUUCCAUUUCUACUGCACUCGUUUUCCAGAUACGAACAUUAUAAGAUAUGCAGUAAAAAUAAAUGUUACAUUGUACGUUGAUCAACCGAACAAAACGAGAAAUAGAAGCAAAGUUGGAUGUACAUUAGUGAACAAAAAGAUAUUGUAAAAUGUGGCUCUUUAAUAGAAUGUGUACAAGCAAAGUGCGUCUUGACGGUAAAAUUGCUGUGAUAACGGGGGCAAAUAGUGGAAUUGGCAAAGAAACUGUCAAAGAUUUUUACAGAAGAGGUGCUAGAGUAAUUCUUGCCUGUCGGAAUAUGGAAUUGGCAAAGGAAGCAGUCAAGGAUAUAAAAGAUAAUCCACCUCCAGGGAUUGAUGUGGACGAGUAUCAAAAUGGUGCAGGCGAACUCGUGAUUUAUUCUCUCGAUCUCUCUAGUUUGAAGAGCGUGAGAAAUUGUGCCAGAAAUUUGGUGACAAAUGAAGCAGCUAUUCAUAUACUUGUAAACAAUGCCGGUGCAGUGCUUCUUCCGUUCCAAAAAACUGAGGAUGGACACGAAUUGUUAUUUCAAAUAAAUUAUCUCGGUCAUUUUCUUUUCACGCUUUUAUUACUACCAAAAAUGCAAUUAUCUGCUCCUGGAUGUAGGAUAGUCAACAUCUCUUCUAUAUUACAUUUCCUAGGUGAUAUAAAUUUCGAUGAUAUUUAUUUGGAAAAAUCUUACAAGUACUGGCCUGCUUAUAAUCAAAGUAAACUGGCAAAUAUUUUAUUUACUAAGGAACUUGCACGUCGAUUGCAAGAGGCGAACAUUCAUGGAAUAAACGUAUAUUCCGUGCAUCCUGGUCUAAUACCAACGAAAAUAUUUCGACAUGGCGAUAGCUCGAUGUUUCCGGGAGCAUACUAUUAUUGGAAUUUAUUUACGAGAAUAUUUUGCAAAAAUAUUGUUCAAGGAGCGCAAACGAUGAUAUAUUGUUCAGUAGAUGAGAAAACAGCUAAUGAGACUGGGCUGUAUUAUUCAAACUGUAAUGUUGCUACUCCGCAAUGGAGAGCAAGGGAUGAACAAUACGCCAAGAAAUUAUGGAAUUUAUCCUGCCGACUUUUGCAUUUGGAGCUUGAAGGAGAUCUUAACACGCUUUUGAAAAUUGUCUCGCGUCAACUCGCGGAAUAAAAACAAAUGUAUUUUUUGAUAUACAUUAAAUAUGUAUAAAACAACACAUUAGCAAUAUAAUAAAAUACAAUUCUAUGUUAUAAAUUACAAUAUGCUGCAAAUAAUAUUCUGAGAAGCAUUGUUUUCAUUUACCAAAAGAUAAAGCAUCGCAGCAGAGUAAUGAUUUCAAAAAAAUGAAAUUAAUGUAUUGUAUACUAAAAUGUAAUUAAUAAGUAUUUUGUUAUUGCUACGAUUAAAUUAUAGAAAUGUUUACGAAAAUUAUAAACAAUUAUAAAAAUAAUAAAAAACCAAAAUGAUUGGAUUUUAUUUUUAAGUAUAGCAAUGUAAAAUAACUGUCGGUAAAAUUUUAUACAGUAGUUUAUCUUACGUGUUUAUAUAUUAUACAUAAACACAUAUUCGUUUCGAAUACAUCAUCUUAUUAUAUAAAAAAUACACAGAUUUAUAUAUAAUAGUUUUAAUAAGUAUAUAAUAAUUUUAUGAAAUAAAUAGUAGUAAAAAAUGAUUUUCAUAGUGAUUAACUAUUAUUUUGGCGCCAAUUGUAACAAAUACAGCUGGAUUUUAUAUUAUUCAUCACUUCUUUCUUGAAAGCACUUUCUAGAAGUGAAUGCUCAGUCCAGUGACUUUUAGUCUUGCUACUUGUUUAUAACCGUAUAUUGCUGUUAGAAUUAGCCCACGAUUUUCAUGAUUAUGAUUGACAAUAUAAAUCUGAUGACACGUCAUUGUUUUUAAACACAACGCUAUGAUUAAUGUUCGUGGGAGACCAUGUGUAUAGGAUAAUCGUGAUUUUAUACUUUCACCUAAAAGAGGUUGGUGACGGGAGGAAACAUCCAUCUUCGAUGUGCAAGUGUAUCGACUGUCGACGGAAGAACUGGUAGCGUACUAAGCCGCGGCUGCAUCACCGCGAAAUUGCGUUAACAUUGACACUCAAAUGCCUUGCGAUGAUGCAACACGUCAUGAAACAUCUAAUGAUAUAAUGUACGCAUGGUGCGUCGCACGUUAUUUAAGAUACGCAUGUUCUAAAGUAGCUUGCAUCGGAUAUGUAUACUAAUCAUUGAGUUAUUUUUGUAUGUGACGAAACCUGGCUAUUAUUAGACAGGUAUCUCACGUAUCAAUUUAUAAAAGUUACAUUGACUGUCAAACUAGUGUUAUUAAAAUUCCACCGAUAUGCAAAAUGCAUUAUCUAUUGGUUGAAGCUUUCAGAAUAUAUUAUUACUACAAGACAGGUAUCCAUAUUCACGUCGCUUUUUAAUUAAUUCUUUAUAAGAAACUGGAUAUAUUAUUAUUAUAAGUAUGUAUUAUAUUUUUAAAAUUGGGUUAAAAUAUAAAAUACAAAUUU